AUGUCCGUGACGAAACAAGCUGCCUCGCCGUUCAAUAGGCCCACUGCGGAUGUCAUACUUCGCUCGUGCGAUGAAGUUAUCUUCCGCGUACACAAGCUCAUCCUGUCCGAGGCAUCAUCGGUCUUCGAGACACUCUUCACUCUUCCGCAACCGCCACCUCAGGAGACAGAAGACGUAGACGGGCUACCAGUGAUCAUCCCUGUGAUGGAAGCGGCGAUCAAAUACGAGGUAGAAGUGGCACGGGAGCUGUGUGCGAAGACCCUUGUCCAACCCAACUUCUUGAAAAGUGAUCCCUUCACUGUUUUCGCCAUCGCCUACCGUUUCAGACUCUCCCACGAGACCCGCCUCAUUGCCAAAUCCGCUCGGCGCUUCAGCGAGCUACCCAAGGAUUUCCCUGUCGCUCGGAUCGAAACAUUCCCUGCGAAGGCUUUGUGGGUACUCAUGGAGUAUCGUACCGAAUGCCAGAGAAUUAUGCACCGCUUUGGCGAGAACAAUGAGGGUAUGGCUGACAAUGAACUGGAAGGCCUACGAGGACCAUUAUAUACCCCCUGUUACCGCUGCGAUCCACAUGGUGACUGUGAUACUGUCAACCUCGACGUUUAUCGCCAUGACCUUCAAGGGCACCUACAAGACAAGUUCCAUAAUGACGACCCAGAUGAUCCCGACUCACUGGUCAGGUCGUUGGUUCGAGUGGCUGCAGAGCAACAUCCUUGUCGAACUCUCACUUGGCUUUUGACUGGUGAAGUGUUGCGCUCCGUUGACGGAGUCGACUUCAGAGUGCACAAAGCCAUUCUCGCCGAAGCGACCCCUGUCUUUGAAGCUAUGUUCGGCCUCCCUCAGCCCCCGGCAGAGUCAUUCGAGGCCGUGGACGGUGUACCAAUCCUUCACUUCACGGAGCCAUCCCGCACCCUGGACUUGCUACUGCGCAUCAUCUACCCGAUACCCGACCCCGCAUUCGCCGAUUCAGAAGACGCCGGCCUGGUGUUCGAAGCUGCGCGCAAGUACGACAUGGAAGAGGCGAUGUCUAUCACUCAGAAGGCGCUUCUAGCAUUCGUGGACGCCGACCCGUUCGUCGUCUACGCUAUUGCAUACUGUCUUAGGCUGCGCGAAGUAACUUGCGCAGCAGCGAAGGCAACUCUACGCUUCUCCGCGCCUCCCGGUACAGAAACACCCGCCGUUCUCUGGAGGCUCCCAGCUGCUCCAUACCACGCGCUCUUGGUGUACCGCUCCCGAGCAGAUGAAUUCGCGCGGCGCUUCGCCGCAGAAGCAGCGUUCUGGCUGGAGCAGGAAGAUCCACGAAUCCUCCUCACACACCAUAUCUGCCUACAGCGUGGCUCGGAACUCGGUGGACACCACGUACAGAACUACGUGCCAAAUGCGCCGUUCGAUCUCCAGGCAUACCAGGCGGAUCUCGCGCAGCUGCUCGCUGAGAAAGCUUGCGGUGACUCUGAAGUGUGGCAAAUACUGUUUAGCAACACACGCGUUCGGCUCGCGGCGCAUAAGGACCCGUGCAGCAAGUGUCGAGCAGAGAAGUUCGAGAGGUUGAAGGCCUGUCACCAGGAUGUCCAACAGAGGUUCACCGCGCGCCUGUCCGAAGUCGAGAUUGAACUAGACUUUUAG